AUGAAGACCAGGAAAACGUUCGUGCUAGUUAUCGGGGGGGGUCCCACUGGGAUCACGACGGGCAUGUACCUGCAGAAACACAGAAUACCACACAUACUAAUUGAGAAGGAUAAAUAUAUUGAGAAUGUACCCAAAGCGCACUAUUACAACAACCAAACGAUGGAAGCAUGGAGGAGCAUCUUCCAUCUGGAUAAAUGUUUUCUAAACGAAACGGAAGAUGUCAACUUAUGGAAAACCUUUCAAUAUGGUUUAAGUUUGAAGAAGGACAGAACAAUAUGCAAGUAUGAUAAUUUCAUGGACAAGUACAUGUAUAGGAAUACGUACUAUGAGGAUAUUAGCCCUUCUAAGGUCACUCACUUAUCUCAGUACAAACUGUUGGGUAUCCUAUACAGCUACUAUAUCAGCAAAAUUAAAUGUGAUCCGCAGCAGAAGCGCGCAUUUUUAAAAAACAUAAGGCUAAAAUUAUCAACCCACCGAAUGUUGAGAUCCAUUUGUGGAAACAGUGGUUUCGGAGAAGAGGCAGACCAAACAGUAGGGGUGGAUGAAGAGAUAGAUAAGCGAGCAGCUGAGGGAAUGGGUAAAGACGCUACAGGAGAAGCACUUUAUAAAAAUUAUUUGUCUUACGAUACAUCCGAAUUCUUGAUAGGAUACGAAUUUAUCAAUUUCAGGAAUAUUCCAGAAGGGGUGAAAUCUUGCAAUGUCGGGGUGAACAAACAAAUGGGAGAUAAUUACCAUGGAGUCGAGUGGGGUAACCUACAAAAUGGCUCCUUCGACUAUGGCUUCAGCCCACAGGGUGUUGUGACGCGGGUUAGGAAUCUGUACAGUAACGAAGAAGAACUAAUCCUAAGUAACUAUGUUUUCGUUUGCGAGGGGGGAAAAAGCGGCAUAAAAAAGAGCCUAAAAAUAAAUGAUGAAAAUAGGAAGGACUACAUGAAAUUUAUAAAUAUCCAUUUUCAGUCUUUCCUUCUGAGCGAUAUAGUAAAAUGCAAUCCAUCCAUGUUAUACUUUUUAUUUAGCAAAUACAUAGGGGUGUUAGUUGCUCACAAUUACAAACAAGGAGAUUUCGUUCUACAUAUUCCAUACAUAACCGAGAGGGAAGCAGAAAUCUAUAACAACGGAAGUAAAUGUCUAGAAAUAAUAAAUAAUCUUACUGAUUUCGAACUUCCCGAUUUGCAUAUUCAUAAUGUGUACAAGUGGACCAUGCAUAGCUCUAUUGCCUCCACUUUUAUCGACAAAAGAACCAAGAGAAUUGUGUUGCUUGGGGAUGCUGCUCAUAAAUUGCCCCCAUCAGGAGGGUUUGGCUUAAACUUAGGAAUUGGCGAUGUGAUAAACAUAGUGUGGAAAACUAUACGAAUUUAUAAUUUAAAAAAAAAAAAAUUUCUUGAGAACAUAGACAAGGUCUCCAUUUUUAGCAAUGCUCUCCAAGAUGCUAGCCCUCAGUCAGAUGCGGAGUCUGCACUGAUUCUGGGUCGUAAUAAAUUAGCGCACCUUUUUAGGAUGUUGAAUGAAUUGGAAAAAAAAAAAAUAGAGAAUUACAUCGAGUCGUAUAAUAUUGAGAGGAAAUUGGUGGCUAAUUUCACCAUAUAUCACGCUGUUAGAAAUUAUGAAAAAGGAAAUAAGGUAUCAAGUCUGUUAGGAUAUAAUCAUAACUCUUUUGUAAGAUAUGUCAGUUCUUCUAGGGUUAGCUGUAUACAGAGGUCGCUAUUGUUUUAUUACCUACUUGCAAAUGCUAAAGGGCUGUUAAAAUUUAUUAACAACCUUCCUUACGUUUUCGAAUUCAAUCGAGCACGAGUAGAAUAUUUUGUUCAAAAUGAGCGAAUGAAUAUUCUCUCUUUACUGUACCCUGGUGUGGACUUCGGCUAUUCUUACGUAGAUACGAUGUGCGAUGUUGGAUGGGUGGAAAAAGAACCCUUUUCAGAUUUGUCCAUAUAUGGAAAGAAGCUCCAGUCAGAUAGGGGCGCUAAAAAUGAGAGCUCCCCUCCCGAAGGGGUUAGCGGCUCCGUGGAACAGGAGGCCGAUGUGGGGAAUGGAAAAAAAAGGGAAGACACACAUGGUGCCACAGAAAAUCCCAGAGAACGCACCGAACUUGGCGAACGAGACGAUGGGCAGCAGGACAACGGGACGCACCACAGUGAGACGUGUGGAGAAUCCGCUAAAUAUAACAUUUUCGAAAAACAGAAUGAAAAAGUACCGAAAUUGAAAAUAUGCAAAAAUAUAUAUGACCAUCAAAUGACCAACGUGGUGGGGGCGAAAAUUCCCCAUUUUAAUCUGUAUACAUUUGACGAAAAAUGUAUUUACAAAAUAUCGACAGUGGAUCUACCCAUAUUUAACAACCCGUCCUUAUCCCUUUUAGUAAUUCUAUUUAAUGAUACCACUUUAAAUGAUAUGAUCCAGUUUUUGGACGCACAUAAUAUGCCAAGGGAUAAAUUUUCCUUCUGCUUAUGGGACUCCAACGUUGUUAUAAGCAAAAAUGCCAAGGACCAAUCCGUUCGAAUUUUAAAACAGAACGAUCCUCCGAUGGCGCAUAAUGAUGAUUCCUCUGAUAUUAGUAUACCUUUAAGUGACUAUAUCCUCUUUCCAAAGUGCCAUAAUAAUUUUGUUGGAAACAUAAGAAAUGUGAAGCAUAUACACAUGGAUGUGAAGGAAUACACGGUGAGCUAUGUAUUCACGGUGGACAUAAUACGGGAGCUGUUUUUUGAUACCCUGAUGUUGAAGUCAGAUAAUUCAUUCGUAAUUUUAAGACCCGACCGACAUAUCAUAUCAGUUGGGGAAGGUAACUGGGCGGACCAACUACGGGAUGUGAACGAGAUGUACAUUUGA